AUGCCACCUGCGAAACCGGCCCUCGCCGAUGACCACUCCGCGCCGGACCUGGAGAUCGUCGGCAAGCAAUUGACUAUCCACCCAUCAGGCUUCACCGGAGGACCCGAAACUCAAGAUGAAAUCACCGAACGCAACCUUGUUCGCCACAUGGCCCGCUUUCGCGAAAACCCCUUCGAUUUCCUCCGUGAAGUGAGCUUGUACAUGUCCGGCACAGGCUGGCGCGCCUACGAUGAUGCUAUUGGUCAACCGAUCUUCUACUCUGGCUUUUCUGAGAGAAUGAAGAGCUCGAUAUUGGGUAGCACAUUGCUGCAGGACAAGAUCAGUGAACUGGCCAAAGGACGACUCACAGUUGAGGAAAAGGAGGGGCUUCUCGCAAUCAAGGAAGGCGCCACACUUGAAGAUAAGCGGACACGUCGAAGGAAUGAGAUUGAGGGCAACCUUUUGGAGGUUGUAGACUCUAUGAUGGACAAAAUGAUCUGCAAGAUGGAGAGCAAACGGUUCAUCCGGGGCGCUUAUUACAUGUGCACUCAGAUGUUGACUCGUGCUUACCACCAAGGCAUUCAUGUAUCCAGUGAAGAAGUAUUGCGAUUAAGGUCCGUAGCCGAAACAGCUGCGAAGAAGAAGCAGUCAAUCGUCUUCUUGCCCUGCCACAAAUCGCAUGUGGACUACGUAUCCCUGCAACUUAUUUGUUAUCGACUCGGAAUCGCACUUCCGGUUGUUGUCGCUGGCGACAAUUUGAACAUUCCGUUGCUGGGGCCUUUCCUGCAACACGCAGGUGCCAUGUGGAUUCGACGCAGCUUUGGAAACGACCCGUUGUACCAUACUGUAGUACAAGCGUACAUUGACACUCUCCUUCAACAAGGCUUCAACUUUGAAUGCUUCAUUGAGGGUGGUCGUUCCAGAACUGGCAAACUACUCUCUCCCAAGUUCGGAAUCCUAAGUUUCAUAAUGGAUAGCUUGCUGUCAGGCCGGGUAGAAGAUACUAUCAUCUGCCCUGUCAGCACACAAUACGACAAGGUUAUCGAGACUGAGUCAUAUAUCAGCGAGCUCCUUGGUCAACCCAAGGCGAAGGAAAAUUUGGCCGAUCUGCUAUCAUCUUCCUCGGUUCUUUCACUGAAGCUGGGCCGUGUCGAUGUCCGGUUCCAUGAGCCAUGGAGUCUCAGAGACUUCAUCGGCCAGCAACUUACGCGGCUGGAUCACCCCAGCGCCGAUCUCAAUACCAAACUAAGCUAUACCGAUCGAGGCCGCAUCCUUCGAACCUUCGGCUAUCGAGUGCUAUCGGAAAUUAAUGAUGUUUCUGUCAUGAUGCCUACCGCCUUGGUUGGAACGGUUCUCCUGACGCUGCGCGGCCGUGGUGUGGGCAAGGGCGAACUUUGCCGACGGCUGGACUGGCUCUGCGAACGUGUGCGAGCUAAAGGUGGACGAGUCGCUCACUUUUAUCGCUCGCCCACAGAAAUGGUCGUUGAUCGCGCGCUUGAAGUUCUCGGUCCUAAACUUGUCGGUGAGAUAGCUGGCCUGGUCGAACCGACAUACUACGCCGUGGAUCGUUUCCAGCUGUCAUUCUACCGCAACAUGCUCAUUCAUCUAUUCAUAACCGAAGCGCUUGUUUCUGUGGCCAUGUAUACCAAGAUCAAACAAGGCGGAGGACCCACUAAUCAAAGAAUUAGCUACGAAGAUCUUAAGAGCCAGGUCUCAUUCUUAUCUCAGCUGUUCCGUGGAGAAUUCAUUUUCCCACCCGAGGGCCUUACCAGCAACUUCGACAAAACAUUGCGGGAUCUGGAAAACGACGACGUGAUCAAGAUCACUCGAAGCGCAUCCUUCACGCUACUUUACGUUGAAUUGAGCGAAGCCGAACGACUUUGUGGCCGUGAGAAUUACGACUUCUACUGCUUCCUGAUUUGGCCUUUCCUAGAAGCCUCCUGGCUAGGGGCUGUGUCUCUCCUCGGAUUAACACCGCCUUUGGAUGGACCAAGUGAGAUCUGGGUUGAUUCAAAGAAAGCACAGGACAGCGCUCAAGUUCUGGGCAAAACUCUAUAUCAUCAAGGAGAUCUCUCCUACUUCGAAGCUGUCAACAAAGAGACCCUCAAGAACUCUUAUCAGAGAUUUGAAGAAGAGGGUAUCAUCCUAGUCGCGAAGAACAAGGAACUGAAAGCCGGUGCAUCACUUAGACUUGCCCCUGAAUGGGCGCCGCAGCGCGACCCUGGUACUGGGAAGGUCCUCGAGGGCGGCCGGCUGUGGGACUUUACCGAACUGAUUGCACAAUCACGCCGUGAAGGGAAAAACCGCCGUGACGGCAAAACCGUUUCUUCGCGUGUUCUCGCCAUGUCUGACCAUGUUGGACGCCAAUUGUUCCAAAAUGCCGCCGCUCUAGCCCCCGGCGAUGUUUCCUCGCGACAGAUGCGUCGCAAGGCCCUUGGCACGGAGGCUAAACUUUAA